AUGUACAAAUUUGGAGCCACAUUCUACUCACAAAAGCAACAGGGCCUUAGGCCACAGGCAGCAUCUUUCAAGAGAGCUGAUGAGGCUCAGAACACAUUUCUUGUUGCUCAUCAAUUCAAGCUCAACUCGGAGGGCAAACCGCUUUGGGCAUUUGGCAGCUACAAAAAUCUGCAGAGCUUCCUGCCAUCCACAAAGUAUGUACCAGCCACUGAAUGCUUCUUCUUUGAGCAAAUCCGCGAUGGGACAUCUUGCUGGGAAUACUACGACCUGGAGUGGGAUCCCUCAAAGACAGAGGACACUGAGGAGACAAUCUUCUCAGAUUUUUUGCAGCAAAGGAAUGCCUUCUGUCCAGAGUACGAAGUCUUAGCUUCUGAGUGCCGCAUUUUGAGUGCAUCAAAUGCUGAAAAAGGGUCAAUGCACAUCAUCUUAUCAAGGUCUGGAUUCAAGUUCAGAGACAACACAUGCCAUAUGAAAAACUUUAUGGACGCCUUCCAUUUGAUGGUUAAAGAACAUCCACUUUCAAAACACAUUGAUUGGACUGUUUACACAAAGAAUCGAAACUUCAGAUGCAUCAAUAGUGCUAAGCGCCAUGAUCCAACAAGGGUUCUCCGACCUGCAAUUUGGCACAAUGCCUCCUGCUCUGCACCUGAGAGGGUCUGA